GUGCUACAUAUCUCUAGCGUGCCGUGCCCCCAGUAUCUUUCUGCGUAGCUGACUAUCGCAUCACAACUUAGAUGCACCUCACGGGGGUGUACUAAGAUAUCCUUGCUGUGGUGCAAUUGUUGGAAAAGUAAAUAAGUGAACUUCUGGUGCAAUAAUAUAAAAUACAAAUUUAUUAACUCGUCUAGAGGCCAUCGAACGAUAUUUAAACAAUUUACAUAUCCACAUACCUCUUUCGAUGGGCCUUCACCGCUGUGAGGAACGGAAGUAAUCCAUUAACGUAUGUGCGGUUCGUUUUAAUAAUCUCGAGUUCAGAAUCAGAGCAAUCAUCGAGAUAAAGACUAGUUAUUGCAAUUAACAUCAGUUGACAGAAGUAAAGUACAAGUUUUGUUGCAAGUGGAAAUUAGCUGAGUUUUGAACUUACUCCGGGAAAGUUACAAAUUAAAAAUGUUCCGCCGAAGUUUAACUACAUUUCUACGGAGUUCGAAGAGUUUGAAUGAUUUCGAAAGCAUUCAACGGUUCGCGCAUUCACUACCUACUGGGAAACCCCCGAAAAUAUUAAUUACGGGGGGUUUGGGGCAAUUGGGAACAGAAUGUGCUAAGUUGCUACGCUCGCAAUAUGGUCGAGAAAAUGUAAUUCUUUCGGAUAUUAUAAAACCCAGCCAAGAAAUUGUGGAUAGCGGACCCUAUAUCUUCGCAGAUAUUUUAGAUUUUAAGGGUUUACAAAAAAUUGUGGUCGAUCAUCGCGUCGAUUGGUUGAUACAUUUCUCAGCGCUUUUGAGUGCCAUUGGAGAACAAAACGUUCCAUUAGCUGUAAGGGUUAACAUUGAAGGAGUACACAAUGUUAUUGAACUAGCGAAACAAUAUAAUUUGCGUAUAUUCGUACCAAGUACGAUUGGUGCUUUUGGACCUGAUAGUCCCAGAAGGCCUACACCAAAUGUGACAGUACAAAGACCAAGAACUAUUUAUGGCGUUUCCAAAGUACAUGCCGAACUAAUGGGCGAAUAUUAUCAUCACAAAUUCGGGUUAGAUUUCAGAUGUUUGAGAUUCCCAGGCGUUAUUUCAAGCGAUCCACCAGGCGGUGGUACUACAGAUUAUGCGGUUGCUAUCUUCCACAACGUUCUUCGUAAUGGUAAAUACACCUGUUAUCUGCGCCCAGAUACUUUGCUACCAAUGAUGUACAUUGAAGAUUGCCUCAGAGCUCUUCUCGAAUUCAUGUGCGCCCCCGCAGAAAGUCUCAAACGUCGAGUUUACAAUGUGACCGCCAUGUCCUUCACUCCUGAGGAUCUCGUCGAAAAACUUCGAAAAUAUGUUCCUGAAUUGCAUGUAACCUACAAUCCAGACAGUCGGCAACUCAUUGCCGACUCAUGGCCACAAAUUUUCGAUGAUUCUGAAGCCAGAGCGGAUUGGAAUUGGAACCAUAAAUAUGACUUGGAGAAAUUGGUGGAUCUCAUGGUAAAAGACGUCCAAGAAAAUUAUAUCAAUCCUGAAAAGAACCGAAUUAUAGCGAAAGCCUGAGUAACCUCGAGGACCCAAUGGUUAGUGGGUGAAUUAGUGUAGUAAAAAAAGAGAUCCCUGUUAAGUUUCGCAAGGACUGCCAUUGAAACCAAAAAUCGUAAAUGUAUCAAAUCUAGUUUUAGUUGUGUACAGAUAUGCAUCUAUGUAGGAAGACGUUGUAAUUCGCCAUUGUUAAAUGUAAUUAAGUGGUUAGAUUUCCAUGAUUGUUGAACACUAGCAAAUCUUGUGGACUAUAUAUAGUUUACACUUACUAUAAUAUAAGAAAGGAAUAUUCAAUAAGCUGUUAUGAGUCGAAUUAGAGAAAAUAAAGACAAAAUACAUAUUUCACAUCAAUGAA